UCCGCGCCAGCCAAUCAGAGGCGGACCGUGUCGGCGCCAAGAUGGCGGACGAUAAGGACUCACUGCCUAAGCUGAAGGACCUCGCCUUCCUGAAGGGGCAGCUGGAGAGUCUGCAGCGCAAGGUGGAGGACGAGGUGCAGGCCGGCGUGGGGCAGGACGGGUCCUUGCUGGCAUCGCCUUUCCUCAAAGGCUUCCUGGCCGGAUACCUGGUAGCCAAACUCCGCUUCUCGGCCGUCCUGGGCUUCGUCGCUGGCACCUGCACGGGAAUUUACGCUGCCCAGAACUACGCCGUGCCCAAUGUUGAGAAGACGAUUCGGGACUAUGUGAAUUCACURAAAAAAGGUCGGGACUAGCGAGGAGGAUCCCGGAGCAGCAGGGACUGCAGGAAUGGUGCUCCUUAGGUAGCAGGCACAGAGCACCCCCACGGUUCUGGGAGGCACAUCACCUGCACCCUUCUUUUCCCUGGAAAAGGGCUUUGCACCACACCACUGCGACACAUCAGGGAGCUGGUGAUGGGUGUUUGUUGGGCAUCGUGGCAGCAGUGAUCACUGCACUAACCCACAGCAGCUUGAGAGCACUGAGGGACUGCCAGCUGCCUUUUCCCCCCUCACCUUUCCCUGUGCCCCUGUGGAUUAAGGGGCUGCUAUGCCCUGUGUG